UUGAAAUUCAGCAAAAACUUCGAAGCAAUUUCAGCGGUGAUGUGGCGAGUUAGGAAAAAUCGGGAAACAUGCGGAAAAUAUGUAGAAUAAAUGUGAUUUUUCUAGUUCUAGUGUUAAUAAAUAGUUUGUGUGAUGCUAAAAUAUCCAAUUUGCGUCUCUGUGCUGAUCCCAAAUGUUCAGAACCCAUUUCCCUGGGAGUUACGCAGGUGAAUUACAACUCAGUGGAGAAGUACGUCCUUGGAUUCCGCGCUAAUGUACACGUCAAGAUUUUCUCCAAAUCCGCCGGAGCAGAGCCCAACUAUUGGGGCGCUGAGAUCCAGGGCCGACGUGGGUAUGUGCCGAAAAAUCUCAUCCGGGAAAUGAGGGUACUCACGACAAAAUUGGAUUAUGAAGUACCCACGGAAUUGGCGCAAGAGGAGGCAGGAAUUGAUCCGAAAUUGAUUGAAGAAACUUCCGAGGAAGUCAAUGAGACAGCUCCAGCUGUUCCUAAACCCAUUGAAGCUCCUGAAAAAACUGAGGAGGUUGAAACUGAGAAGGUUCAACAAACUGAACCUGAAGAGACCCAGCAGGAUGAACCAGAAAAUGUUCAGCAGGAUGAACCAGAGAAAAAGCCAGAAGUUGUUGAAAAGGAAGAGGAAGGAUUCUUCUCACAAAUAUUUGGAGGAAGUUCCGUUGAAGAGAAAGCAGAGGAGCCUCAAGUUCUUCCAGAUGUGAAUAAUGCAUUAGAUGAGAAAAAGAAUUCACCUCCGGAUACGGAAGCAGGAAGUGAAGAAGAUUACGACGAAGAAGGGGAGGAUUACAAUGAAGACGACGAAGAGGAGGAGGAGGAGGAGGAAGAUGAAUCCACGGAAGAAGCUCCAAAUGCCAGUACAGAAAAUCCCAUAAAUAUCGAUGAAAUGCCGGAAAUUCCGGAACCACAUGAGAUAUUCCAGGAGCGAAAAAUUCUCAGUACUGUGGAGGAACUUCCUUCCAAGGAAGCCGAGGGAGGAGCUUCUUUGGAGCAAGAACAACCAAAAGAGGCAGAAAAUGCUGAAAAACUUCCUCAGGAAAACGUAAAAGCAGCAGAAAAUCCAACAGAUGCCAACAUAUCAGGACAGAGACAAUCCGAAGAGGAACUUAAAGUCAAUUCAGUGGAUUCAUCCACGCAGGAAGCAAAGAUUGAGCUAACAACGCCCCAAACUCAAGACACGCAUUACUAUCCGGAAGAUUUUGUAACGGCCCCAACGCUUUUUGACACUACUUCCGGAGAGGAAGUUUUCUCUGCAGAAGAUAUUCCGGAAUUUAAGCCUAUUCCGACUCUUCCUCCAACUAUUGGGGAGAAUCUAGGCACCGGAAGCUCACAAUUGCCUAAUAAACAAUCACAGGAAGUUCCCGCAAAUGUUGAUGAGAAACUUGAAGGUGUUACGAAUGAAACUUCUCAAUUUGCUGGAUCUAGCGAGCUUCCGGAAGUCAGGGAGGAACGAAAAGAAAUCCCAGUAGAGGAAGUUGUGGAUGAAAAUCAACAUCCGGCAGCUUCUCCGGAAAAUCUUCAGGAAAUUAAUAAAGAACCCCUUCCGGUACUGCCUCCUUUGCCUGAUUACAAUAUUCUCCCUCAUCCGCAUCCACAAGAGAAUCCUCCUGAACUUCCUUCCACUGAAUCGACCACAUUACCUCCUCUUCAUCAACAUCUUCCACCCUUGUUGAAUGUUCCCCCGCCACACAUUCACCAAGAACCCGAAGCGAAAGCUCCUGAACUUCCUCUUUCACCCCCAGAAUUCUCUCCGAUUCCGCAACAACCUCCGACAGAGGAAGAAAAUCGCGAAAGUGCUGAAGGAAAACUUCCGGAAAUGCCUGAAGUUCAGCAAAAUACAGAAGCACCGCCCCCGAAGGAGGAAGCAAUGGAAUCUGUUGGUGUUGGAAGUUUCGAGGAGAUAAAGAAGGAUGUGGAAGAUGAGAAAAUCCCGCCGGAGGAUUCAAAAGAAGAGAAUAGUGAAGGAUUCUUCUCUGGGCUCUUUGAUAGCAUCAAGAAAGUGCUAAAUAUGAAAAUUGGGAAGGAUUCUUCGGAGAAAGCUUCGCAAUUUGAAGAGAAGGAUAAAUGGACGGCAAACUGUGUGGAUGAAUUCUGCUAUCAGCCUCAAAGUCAGGAGCUUCGGCAUCCAAUGGUGAGUCCACAAUCUCAAGGAGUGCAACAGGAACAACCCCAGAGUGAGGCUGUUGAGGAACAGAAGAGCAGUUCUUUCACCUUUGAUGAAUUCCUGCAAUUGCUUAUGGAUCAAGUUCUGGGCAUGAGUAGUUUAAUCCUCUUCCUCUCAAUCAGCGCUGGAGCUAUUCUGAUCUUCACAUUUGGUCACUAUCUCGUUGUUCAGUGCAGCCGGGAGAGGCAAUUAGUGCUCCGUUUGAAUUCCGUUGAACGGAGACUCAUGGUGACGCUGAAGGAGUGCGGGAGUGUCAAUGGGGAGCUCAUGGAGACACGAGAGAAGCUCACGAGUAUCCAGAAUAAUUCCUUCGGAUCCAAUGAUAUGGUUAGAGCUCUCCGUGCGGAGCUGAACAACAGUCAGGCCAUACGAGAGAAUCUCCAGGAGCAGGUGGAGUCACUCGAGAAGGAGCUUGAAAAUGCCGCUGAAGCUGGGCUUGAGCUCAACCGGAUGGUGUCGGAGUUGCUGAGCAAUCAAUCUGGAAGUGAUUCAAUUAUAAGUAGUGUGGAGGAACUUCAGCAGCAACUCAAUGAGCAGCAAAAUACAAUAUUGACAAUAAAUGCCUCCCUGGCGGAGAAGAGUCGUGAGAAUAGUGAGCUGCAGGUCUCCCUGGCCACGCAAUCGGAGAGAUUUGUCGAGGAGACGCAACAACUGCGGGAACAAUGCUCAAAGGCAGACGAAGAGAAAUCCCGUCUGGAGGACAGUGUGAAGGAACUCCAGGAACGUGUGGAUGCUCUGAUGCGGGAGAAGAAUGACGAAAGUCGGGAUUUGAAGAAACAAAUCCAGACGCACCAGGCGAGGUAUGAAGAUAUCAGUAAAGCCCUCACGCAGAGUCAAUCGCGUGUUCAGGUAUUGGAGGAUUGCAUAAAAUCCCUGAAGCAGGAGGGUGGUCAAAGGGGUGGUGGUGGUGGGGAGAACUUUGAGGAGAUCAUGAAUGUGGCGAAUUUGAAGACUCAACUUGUGGCUGCCACCAAAGAGAGGCAGGCGAUGAAGGAGAAGCUCGAAGAGGAGAAUGAGGCUCGGAAGUUGCUGGAGGAUCACGUGAAGGUUGUCGGGGAGGAAGUUGAGAAGCUGCGGAAGGAGUACAAUGAUGCCGAGAAGGAGAGACUCGAAGCACAGACACGACUUGAAGUCCUCACGAGUUACUUCAAGGACAAGGAGACGCAGUUGCAGAAGGAAUUGAGCGUGAAGGAGGCAAUGUGGAUGAAAUCUCAAGGAGAAACAACGAGCACCGUUGAGAAGAUUCGUGCAAUGCAAGAUGAGAUUCAGACACUGAAGUCUCAAAAUGAUGCACUUAGGGCUGAGAUUGAGGCUCAACGGGCAGCACAUAAAGCUCAAAUUGGUGCUCUUGAGAAUCGUGCGCAGGAAUCGUGGUUAGCCACAAGGCAAGCGGAGAGACGUCUCGAAGAGUCGCGCAUUGAGUCGUCGACGCUGCGACGCAAAUUGACGUCAUUUGCGGAGAAUGGCGUAGGGAAUAGUAACAAUACCAACAACAUAGAUAGCCUAACUGAUGCCCCAUCGCCAUUGCAUGGGGUUGAGACUCCGGGAUCACCCCUGAUGGGCGUUCUGCCGCCACCGCCGUUCCUGCCGCCACCCUUUAUGCCACCACCACCGCCCUUCAUGCCACCCGGUCCGUUCAUUCCGGCAGAAAUGCGCCUGCCACCCCUCGGACGUCUCAUGUCACCACCACCGCCCAAUAAUCGCUACUCCCCGAACCUCGUGGAUGAUCGCGAUGGGAGAUUCAGUCCACCAGAUAGGGGGCGCUACACCCCAGAUCGCUACCACAAUCGCUACCCAAUGUCCCCGUAUGAGACAGAGACAGAUGUGAGUCCACCACCGACGCCCCCGCCGGCACAUUCACGUGGCGGCUACCGUGGCUACAGCGCCUAUUCACCGCCCCCGUCGCACCGUCAGCAGUCGCCGCAAUCGCACGAGGAACGUGUGAAGCAAUUCAAAGGAGGACUAAGUUCGGGAUCAGCAGAUAGUUUGGGGCCACGAAAAGGUGGUGGAAAUGCAAAAGUCUAAGAGAGAAUAAAUAAAUCAACGUGCUAAAUGGAAAUAGAGUUCUUAAAUUGAAAAGAAUAAAAAAAAAUCUACAGAAUAAAUAGAUGUCAAAGAAAAUAAUUAAAAAAAAUAACUUGGUGUUUCAACGUAUUCAGUGGCAUUCACAGAGGAUUCUUCAAGGAACCAUUCAAUUUCUUGCAACGACAAGAGGGUGGUGCAAUCGACAAGGGAGACCCUUUAAAAUCUACAUUAAAAAAUAAAUCUAAUCUUUAUAAAAUACAACACGUGACUUGUAUUGAAUUUGUAAAUAAAUUUUUAAUAAAUAUAAUUUAAAACAUAAA